UUUUAUUCGACAAAAAAACAAAAGAUACUUAAUUGGUAUAAUAUACUUUUAUAGUUCCUUAUUUUGUGAUCUUUCCUAUGGCAAUGAAAGCUACAGAUAUCGAGUGUCUGGCACAGAUGUUAGACAAAAAUCACUCCUUUACUAGACCCUGUAGCCAAACAGUAGGAUAUAGUUUGCAGGAUACCGCAGAAGUCGGUCCUUCUGCAGCGGCUCUUCCUUCACAAAUUCCGCUCCCGUCGACCGUUGUGGACAAACAACUGCACCUUCCUAAGCCAUCCCAUAGCAAACGAAACCAGACAAACCAGAAGGACGAUGCCGCCAACACAAACCGUUUUAUUGGUAAUGAAAUAUGGAAUCAGGAGGAGCUGCGAGUGAUGUACGAGUCUAACGUAUUGCAUGUAUCGUCUUCAAGUGCGUCCCUUGCUGAUCGUUGCGGACUGAAAGCUGUCAAGGGAAAUGCAAAGUCGCUGAGACAAGCUGUCACGACGCCACCAACGCGCCAGGACUGGCAAGAGGAGCCACCUUACGAAGUCCUUUACCAGCAGUACCUCACGGCCGAGGAUGUAUAUUUGGAAAUGGAUUUUACCCGUAGUAGCUCCAGUUCGGCUUCUGACGGAAUUAUAGUUAAAAUCAAGAUGCAAAAGCUUUCUGUAUCACCAAAUUCGAUUGAGCUGCAUGUUGAGCCCCUUCAAAUGAUUUUGUCGACCCCAGAGUAUUAUUUAAAGGCAGAGCUACCGCAACAAGUCGUGAAGGGUGUGGCUGAUGCGAAGUGGGAUGCAACCAAAAAGAUAUUGACUGUGCAACUAACCUCAGAAGUAUCCAACAGGGUGAAAUUGAUUUGAAGAGUAUAAAAUAAGACGAACCUUAGAGAGGGGUAUCUUUUCUUUGUUCAGGCCUAUUUAUUGAUUUUUGCAGGAAAAGAUGUUUCUAUAUCGUUUCGUGAGUAAUGUAGACGCAGUGAUCAUGCAGCACCCUGUUCGAUGGUGUAAAGCACCUUAUUUGUAGAUAAUAAUAAAUUGGAAGGAUAUGUUACUAACAGCUUUGUGCUUAGCCCAGCAUGCGUUUUGGUCCUCAUGGACGCAAA